UGCUUCGAACUCCGCUCUGCCAUUAGCGAAGCCAAGCUCUUCUUCCUCCCUCGAGCUUGACUCCAUCUCCUCAAGCUCGACUCAAUUCAACUCCCUCCUGUCCGUCGCCGACGUUCGCCUGUGUCUGUGUCGUGUCUCUCUCCACUGCUCUCAUCGUUUUUCAUCUCUCUCUACAUCUCUCGUCACCGUUCGUGUCUCUCUCUACAUCUCUCGUUGCCGGCCUCCUCUCUCUCUCUCUGCAUAUCUCUUCGCCGGUCUCCUCUCUCUCUGCACCUCUUGUCGUCGACUCGUCGGUCGCCUCUCUCUCUGGUCUGCCUCGCCUCGGUUCGUCGCCUCUCUGUGACUGUAAGUUCCAUUCUUCUUCUCCCCAUUCGGAUCGGAGUCCGUGCGCUAUAUCGUCGAAUUUCUCGUCUAAUCCUCUCAUCUGCCGGAGUUACCGUCCUCAGCCUUCGACGCUCGAUAUUCGAUCUCGAGGUCCUGACUGAAGUUCUUUGAACCUGUUGGGGGCAUUUGUUUCGGUGUUUGAAUAAUGGAAGUGGAGAGGUCUAAAUCGAGGCAAGAGCGGGCUGCUAUCGAGGGAUCACCUGCCAGAGAAUACAGAGAUGGACGGAGGAAGGAGAAAGAAAACAGGAGCAAGGAUAAAGAUAAGGACUAUGAUCGAGAUAGAAAUAGGGAAAAAGAACGUGAGCGCGAAAGAGAAAAGGAAAGCCGAAGGGACAGAGAGAAGGAGAAAGAUCGGAAAAGGGAUAGAGAUGGAGAAGCUGAGAAGGACAGCGGGAGAGCUAGAGAUAAGGAGAGGGAGAAAGAAAAGAGCAGAGAUCGAGAUAGAGACAGGGACAAGGAAAAGGAAAGAGAUAAACAAAAAGAUAGAGAAAAAGAGAGAGAUAAUGAGAAGGAAAAGGAAAAAGAGAAGUCUAAAGAGAAGUCUAAGGAUAGGGAGAAGGAUAGGACAAGAGAUAAGGAGAGGAUAAGUAAGAAAAGCCGUGAAGAUGAUGAUGAGACUGGCAAGGCUAUAGAAAAGUGCGAACAUGAUGACAACAAAGAUGAAAAUGAAGGCGGUGAUGGUGUUGAUGGUGCAUCGGGUGGGAAACAAGAAUCAGUAUUGGAUCUUGAGGAGCGCAUUUUAAGGAUGAGGGAAGAACGAUUGGCAAAGAAAUCCGAGGCUGCUUCUGAGGUUUUGUCGUGGGUUUCUAAGAGCCGUAAGAUUGAAGAGAAAAGAAAUGCCGGAAAGGAAAGAGCUCAUCAGCUUUCGAGAAUAUUUGAAGAACAGGAGAAUCUUAUUCUAGGUGAAGAUGAAGAUGGAGAGGAUGGCAGUAACAUUUCUCAUGAUCUAGCUGGUGUCAAAGUUUUGCAUGGCCUAGACAAAGUGAUGGACGGCGGAGCAGUUGUUUUGACCCUCAAGGACCAGAGUAUCCUUGCCGAUGGAGAUGUUAAUGAUGAGAUCGAUAUGCUGGAAAAUGUGGAAAUUGGGGAGCAGAAGCGUCGAAAUGAAGCUUACGAAGCAGCAAAGAGAAAACCGGGAGUAUAUUAUGAUAAGUUUAAUGAUGAGCCUGGUGCAGAUAAGAAGAUACUUCCGCAAUAUGAUGAGCCAGCUGAUGAUGAGGGAGUGAUAUUGGAUGCAAAGGGCCGCUUUACAGGUGAAGCAGAGAAGAAACUGGAGGAGCUUCGUCGAAGAAUUCAGGGUCAAUCAACUAAUAGCUUUGAGGACCUUAGCUCAUCAGUAAAGAUCUCAUCAGAUUACUUCACGCAAGAAGAAAUGCUUCGGUUCAAAAAACCCAAGAAAAAGAAAUCAUUACGAAAAAAAGAUAAAUUGGAUAUAGAUUCCCUUGAAGCAGAAGCUGUUGCUUCAGGUUUAGGAGCUGAGGAUCUUGGUUCUCGAAAAGAUGGCAAAAGACAAGCCAUGAGGGAGGAGCAAGAGAGGGCCGAAGCUGAAAAACGGAGCAAUGCGUAUCAGGCAGCUUAUGCCAAGGCCGAUGAGGCAUCCAGAUUACUCAGGAUGCAACAAGUUCAGCCUGUUAAUGUGGAAGUAGAUGAGAAUAUGGUGUUUGCUGAUGAUAAUGAUGAUCUGUAUAAAUCCUUAGAGAGAGCUAGGAAGCUAGCUCUCAAAAAGCAAGAGGAGGAAGGAAUUGGACCUCAAGCAGUUGCACGUCUUGCGGCUUCUACAACUAAUCAAACAACAGAUGAUAGAAACCCUGCAGAAGCUGAGGCGCAAGAAAAUAAAGUGGUUUUCACAGAAAUGGAAGAAUUCGUCUGGGGUCUCCAACUCGAUGAAGAUGUGCGCAAGCCCGAAAGUGAAGAUGUUUUCAUGGAUGAAGAUGAAGCACCCAAAGCUCCUGUUGAAGUAAGAGAGGAGGAACCUAGCGGUUGGGCUGAAGUGACAGACGGUGCUACGGAUGCGGACCCUUUAUCAGAUGUCAAGGAGGUAACUCCUGAUGAAGCUAUACAUGAGGUUGCUUUUGGGAAGGGAUUAUCUGGUGCGUUAAAGCUUCUUAAAGAGCGAGGAACUCUAAAGGAGACAGUUGAAUGGGGUGGUAGAAACAUGGACAAGAAAAAGAGCAAGCUUGUAGGUAUCGUGGAUGACAAUGGAGACAAAGAGAGAUUUAAGGAUAUCCGGAUUGAGAGGACUGAUGAGUUUGGCAGAACUUUGACUCCAAAAGAAGCCUUCCGGUUACUCUCUCACAAAUUCCAUGGGAAGGGGCCUGGAAAGAUGAAGCAAGAGAAGCGGAUGAAACAAUACCAGGAGGAGCUUAAGUUAAAGCAAAUGAAAAAUUCAGAUACACCAUCACUUUCUGUGGAAAGGAUGCGAGAAGCUCAAGCUCAAUUGAAGACUCCCUACCUUGUCCUCAGCGGUCAUGUCAAGCCCGGUCAAACUAGUGAUCCCCAGAGUGGUUUUGCUACAGUCGAGAAGGUUGUUCCAGGGAGCUUGACGCCUAUGCUUGGUGACAAAAAGGUAGAACAUUUCUUGGGUAUAAAGCGCAAAGCUGAGGGCGGGAAUUCAAGCACACCGAAGAGGCCAAAACCCUGAGAAAGUUUUCACACCUAUCCCCGCCAGGUGUUACUAAUGGCACAUGCAAUACAGGCCUGAAGGCUCAUUUGGAGGAAAAAUGGUUGGGGCUUCAACUUUCAUUUUGCAUUUGUGUGGGUUUCUCCAUUCUUCACUUCAUCAGUCUCAAGGGGGGAUAUUAUUAUUGCAAGUAGAGUGGUGUUUGGACUCUUGAGAAACACAAUUGUUUUCCUUUGAUGUAUGUGGUUGUGGUGGAACCAUUGCCCCAAUUAUCUCAGGUAAUGUCUGAUCGUUUAGCGAGAAAUAAAUAGUAAAUACCAUGCUUGUGUUGUAGACAGCUUUAUCUAUUGGUGGAUUGUCCUUGGCAAAUUAGUUUUUUUUUUAAGAAGGAAAAUGCGAUGUCUGUACUCA